AUGAAGGCGAUCACGCUUCUCAGCUUGGCAUCUCUGCCAUCCACCCUGGCGUUGAACAUCCCGUCCCAGCAGAUCCUCUUCCCAGAGUCUCAUAAUGCAGCCAACCCCUCUACCCGGGAGACCUGUCCCCAGGCAGAGAAGGUUGCAACCCCAAAUGACGGACUGCACUCUGCAAUGAUCUUCCUCGAGGAUGCAGCUUUCCGUGCCCGUCAGGCAAAUAGGCUCUCGCGGGCCGUGCAAGUCCCCACAACAGUCGGAGACUAUGCCACAGACCCGUACGACGAGGCGUUCGAGCCGGUAGUGGAGUUUCAGAAGUUGUUACAGGAGAUGUUUCCCCUAGUACACGCCCAUGCUGAGCUCGACCACAUCAACCGCCUCGGUCUAGUCUUCACCUUCCAAGGCAAAGAUACAACCCGCAAACCGAUUCUCUUCAUGGCCCACCAAGAUGUAGUCCCAAUUGACGACCCAUCCGACUGGACCCACCCGCCCUUCUCAGGCCACUUCGACGGCGAAUGGAUCUGGGGCCGCGGUUCAAGCGACUGCAAGAACGUGCUGAUAGGACUGAUGUCUACACUGGAAGACCUCCUCACGCAGGACUGGCGUCCAACCCGCACAAUCCUCUUCGCAUUCGGGUACGACGAGGAAUCCCACGGCUGGCUAGGCGCAGGCUCAAUCGCGCCCGCUCUAGAAGCGAAAUACGGUAAAGACAGCUUCGAGUUCAUCCUCGAUGAAGGCGGCAUGGGACUCCAAAGUCUCGGUUCCGCCGCUGAUGAUGGCGAAGUCCUCUACGCCUUGCCCGGCGUCGGCGAGAAGGGUAGCUUAGAUCUAGUAAUGGAGCUCGCCGUCCCAGGCGGCCAUAGCUCCGUCCCACCGGCACACACAGGCAUCGGAAUUAUGGCCGAGAUCCUCUACGAAUUUGAACGCCAAGAUCUCUUCACAGCCUGGCUAGAUGAGUCUCAUCCUGCAUUCGGGAUGCUAGCCUGCCAAGCUCAGUACUCGCCAUCGCACGUCGAAUCCUGGCUAUCGACCAAACUAGCCGCAGGCGACGCCGCCGCUCUAGCCGAAUCAGUCGCGCAGUCCCGUGGUCCCGCUGUCCGCUAUACACUCCAGACAUCGCAGGCCGCGGACCUGAUUCACGGUGGCGUGAAGACUAACGCUCUACCAGAGAAAAUCUCAGCCGUGGUAAACUACCGGGUCGCACUACACCAAACGCCCGAUCUGGUCUUCGAGCGUGCAGUCCGCCUAAUCACCCCCAUCGCAGCCAAGCACAACGUCUCGGUAUCAAUCGAUUAUCCCGGUGUUGAGAUCGCCACCAUGCCUGACGUCGUCGCUGGAGAUCGUACUCUCUCCCUCUCGCCUCUAAGUGACCCCUUGGUUCCUGCACCGAUCUCCCCAACUGAUCCGCUGACCUCGAAGACGUGGGCGCGUUUCUCGGGCGUGGCGCGGAGCGUGUUUGAAUCGCACCCGAAUCCUCUGCUCAAGUCUGAGGAGAAGUCUAACCCGACUGUUGUUGUUUCGGGUGAUGUCAUGACUGGAAAUACUGAUACGCGCUUCUAUUGGGAUCUUUCGGAGAACAUUUAUCGCUGGAGUCCGUCUCGAGCGGGUGGAUCAGCAAAUAUUCAUACUGUUGAUGAGCGGAUGCAUUUAGAUGCGCAUUUGGAGGGUAUGAUGCUUUACUAUGAUUUGAUCCGCUCGUUCGAUGAAUGGGAGCAGAACUCAGAGUAA